ACCCCUCUCGGCCUUGUCUAGGGUGCAGCUUUCUGGGGUUGGGGGGGUUCCUUUCCCCAGCAUUGAGGCCUGCUCACUUCCAGCCCACAACGACCGCGCUCUGGCACUUCUCAGUGCCAGGCUACCGCUCGGCCCUAGCGUCUGCAUGGACAAACCCUUACCUGUGAUCCCUGGUGACCACCCCACAGCUCUAACAACCCUUAUGUUCCCGCCGCCCUCCCCUUUCCCAGCUGACUUCUGGUGAUCCCCCCACAGGGUGAUACCCGGCAACUCUCACCGCCCCCUUGACCCUUUGACUUCCAUCAACCCCAGACCUGCCGUGGUGACCCCCACAGCCCCUAGACUGCCUCCUGGCGCCUUCCAUAGGUCCUGUGUGACUCUCUCGGAGUAGAGAAGGCCUCUUGCAUGGUCCUUUGCAGAGGCCUGACGGCCCCCGGGGAAGAGUGGGGGGAGAGCGAAGAACGGGUUAGCCCCAAGAAUCAGGCAGGACCAGCCCUAGAAGUAGGAAUCCGAAUCCUGAGCGUGCACCCAGACGGGGAUUAUGAGUUCUUGCGUCCUGGGCCGGGUUGUGGCGGCCCUCCCACAAGGUUCCCGGGGCCGCCCCGGUCACGUGGCAGGCGGGGCAGGCAGGUAACUAGCCUGGAGACGGCUUGGGCCGGUAGCCGCCCCGCCCCGCGGGGCGCCACGGGCGGGUCUCGGCAGCGCCCACUGAGCCAGCCGGGCCGCAGGUGCCGCCCCCGACACACGGUGUCCCGCCCAAGCUGAUCCGCGUCUGCCGUCGGUCGGUGCCUGCGUGCGCCUCGUCGGUCCGCGUGUGUCUGGCCGAGCGCCGCCUUCCUCUGCGGCCAUGACUCCGCCGCCGCCCCCGCCCCCAGGCCCUGACCCUGGGGCCGACCCCGCCGCAGACCCCUGCCCCUGUCCCGGAUCACUGGUCGUCCUGUUCGGGGCUACGGCGGGUGCGCUGGGACGGGACCUGGGCUCGGAUGAGACCGACUUAAUCCUCCUAGUCUGGCAAGUGGUUGAGCCGCGGAGCCGCCAGGUGGGGACGCUGCACAAAUCUCUGGUUCGCGCCGAGGCGGCCGCACUGAGUACGCAAUGCCGCGAGGCUAGCGGCCUGAGCGCCGACAGCCUGGCGCGGGCAGAGCCGCUGGACAAGGUGCUGCAGCAGUUCUCACAGCUGGUGAAUGGGGAUGUGGCUCUGCUGGGCGGAGGCCCGUACAUGCUCUGCACUGAUGGGCAGCAGCUAUUGCGACAGGUCCUGCACCCUGAGGCCUCCAGGAAGAACCUGGUGCUCCCUGACACAUUCUUCUCCUUCUACGACCUCCGAAGAGAGUUCCAUAUGCAACAUCCAAGUACCUGCCCUGCCAGGGACCUCACUGUGGCCACCAUGGCACAGGAUUUAGGACUGGAGACAGAUGCCACAGAGGAUGACUUUGGGGUCUGGGAAGUGAAGACAAUGGUAGCUGUUAUCCUCGAUCUACUCAAAGAGUCCAGCAGUCAAUUGUUUUCGAAGCCUGAGGUGAUAAAGCAGAAAUAUGAGACGGGCCCUUGCUCUGACAGCAAUGUGCCCUGCCCCUACAGCAGCAAGGCAGAUGUGGUGGACAGUGAGACUGUGGUACGGGCUCGUGGGUUGCCCUGGCAGUCAUCAGACCAGGACGUGGCUCGAUUCUUCAAAGGGCUCAACGUGGCCAGGGGUGGUGUAGCACUCUGCCUCAACGCCCAGGGCCGCAGAAAUGGUGAGGCCCUCAUCCGCUUUGUGGACAGCGAGCAGCGGGACCUAGCGCUGCAGAGACACAAGCAUCACAUGGGCGUCCGCUAUAUUGAGGUGUAUAAGGCGACAGGGGAGGAGUUUGUAAAGAUCGCAGGGGGCACAUCACUAGAGGUGGCUCGUUUCUUGUCACGGGAAGACCAAGUGAUCCUGCGGCUGCGGGGACUGCCCUUCUCGGCUGGGCCAAUGGAUGUGCUAGGCUUCCUGGGGCCAGAGUGCCCAGUGACUGGGGGUGCUGAGGGGCUGCUCUUUGUGCGCCACCCUGACGGCCGGCCGACUGGUGAUGCCUUCGCCCUCUUUGCUUGUGAGGAGCUGGCACAGGCUGCACUGCGCAGGCACAAGGGCAUGCUGGGUAAGCGAUACAUUGAACUCUUCCGGAGCACUGCAGCCGAGGUGCAGCAGGUCUUGAACCGCUAUGCAUCUGGCCCACUCCUUCCCACACUGACUGCCCCACUGCUGCCCAUCCCCUUCCCACUGGCACCUGGGACUGGGAGGGACUGUGUACGCCUCCGAGGCCUGCCCUACACAGCCACCAUUGAAGACAUCCUGAGCUUUCUGGGGGAGGCAGCAGCUGACAUCCGGCCCCAUGGUGUGCACAUGGUGCUCAACCAGCAGGGCCGGCCAUCGGGCGAUGCCUUCAUCCAGAUGACAUCAGCAGAGCGAGCCCUAGCUACUGCUCAGCGUUGCCAUAAGAAGGUGAUGAAGGAACGCUACGUGGAGGUGGUCCCCUGUUCCACAGAGGAGAUGAGCCGUGUGCUGAUGGGGGGCACCUUGGGCCGCAGUGGCAUGUCCCCUCCGCCCUGCAAGCUGCCCUGCCUCUCACCACCUACCUACGCCACCUUCCAAGCCACCCCAACACUCAUUCCCACGGAGACGGCAGCUCUAUACCCCUCUUCAGCACUGCUCCCAGCUGCCAGGGUACCUGCUGCCCCCACCCCUGUUGCCUACUAUCCAGGGCCAGCCACUCAACUCUACCUGAACUACACAGCCUACUACCCAAGCCCCCCAGUCUCCCCCACCACUGUGGGCUACCUCACCACACCCACUGCUGCCCUGGCCUCUGCUCCCACCUCAGUGUUGUCCCAGCCAGGAGCUUUGGUCCGCAUGCAGGGUAUCCCAUACACAGCUGGUAUGAAGGAUCUGCUUAGCGUCUUCCAGGCCUACCAGCUACCUGCUGAUGACUACACCAGUCUGAUGCCUGUUGGUGACCCACCUCGCACUGUGUUACAAGCCCCCAAGGAAUGGGUGUGUUUGUAGGAGAGAAAGCCAGGAGGUAAGAGCCAGCUGAUAUCCUCAGUGAACAUGUCUCUCCUGCAUCCAGAAGACCAGCACCCUCAACCUGGUAGCUUCUUUCUGGCUUGUCAAAGCUCUCAGAAGGUACCUAGAGGAGCCCAAGCCCCACCCUCCACUUAUUCUUCUGCCUGUUUCCCCCAAAGACAAUGGCUGAACCCUGCAUGCAGGGCUAGGGGUGGAAUGGGGCUAACCGGCUCCUGAUGGCCUGAGCCAGGCAUCUUGACUGGCACCUGGAGAGCCCUUUAGUGUGUCCUGGCUGUGGCCCAUGCCAACAGAUAUGGUGGGGCUGAUAGGUCCACGGCAGACUUGCUUUCUUUUUUAAAAUGGAAGCUCUGGUACCUUCAAUGUAUGAUUCCUGGGAGAAUCAAGGGUCCAUCUGAGCCUCUGAGUAAAGAUCCCAAUGUUCCACCUCCCCCUGUCCCUCUGGUGGGGGAUAAGGAGGCAGAGAGAGCCAGCCCUACCCUCAGAAUAUCUGGACCUCAGAGACCAUGUUGUGCCAGGGAUGGUCCCACCUAAAGAUGCUAGCCCCUCUCCAGGUGGGCAUAAGGAGUAACAGAUGGCAAAACCACGAUCUAUUUUGAUGGACUGUGCUGCAGUAUCACCAGAAGACAUUAGGGGGCAGGAGGCCCCCACACUAAAACUCAGGCUUGACUUUUAAAGGGGACUUUGCCAACUUUUCUUGUAUGCCUUCGGAAAGCCCGUUGCCCUGAACCCAGCAGACACUGUGGAAUGUCCUUUGCACGCAUUAAAUGGUACAGAACUGAAGCCUCGGAAGCAAUUUGGAACUCGAUUUUCUCUUCCUUAAAUGAAAAGUUAUUAACCAAAUGGACUUUUUAAAAGCCACAGGACCCUUAACUUUGCCCCAAAGUGAGGAGUUCCACACCAACCCCAGGCAGAGGAACACUCAGACAGAUUAAGGAGACUGUUGACCUGUCAUUGUUUAUUAUUUCAGCACUAAAACUGAGGAGCCUCAACUGCUGGCUCUUCUUCCCUUUGUAUUUGUGUAAGGAGCACCGCACUCCCAUAAAAGGUUUUAAAAUACAAAAUGUACAAGAACACACAAUUCCAAGUGCUGUAAACAUAACUGAGAACCAGUUCCUUUACUAAACAUCCAUUUUAUAAAUCACAAGGUUUCAAUUUGAGCCCAUCUGAGCCUUAAAGAUCCAUUCUGAAUACCAAAGACAAGGCUUCACAGCCAGGCCCAGAAGAGGUCUGGUGAUAAUGGCUGGCCCUGGGUGGGGAUAGUUUACACCUGGGCAGCAGCACCACACAUGAACCCGAAGACAUGUUCCUUUUAAAGCUGUUUUCAGCCAUGUUUCUCUGUGCAUCUCCAGUAAGCAGAAGGCUACUCAUUCCAUUCCUCAACCCAAGAGCUAGCACAGUUAGAGUAGGAGGGGGUGCAUACUAGCACGUGCCCAGUUGCUCAGUGCUGCUACUAUAAAUUGAUUUGCAUAGUCCAAUGGAUGUGUGCUUUAACACCACUAAGUUGCACAAAAAUUUAAGUCUUUAUCUACAAAGCCAAAAAAUAUUGACUCUUAACACCAAAGCUUUUACAAAGCUGAUAUAAAAAUGCUUACAUAAUAUACAAAGCUCUAUUUUAAAAUUUAAUGUUUAUUUUAAAUAGGAAAGCAUUUCUAGUGCUACAGGCAUCAAGGUAUUUAGAAGGCAUCAAAAUUUGGUGCAUAGCAACUCUGGAUCAUAGAGGCUUUUAAUUCUUGAGGGCAGCAAAGCAGCCCCCAAAGGGUAUUGCAAGGGGAACUCUUGCAAUAAUCCCAUGUGAGGCAGCUACACCAGGGGCAAAAGGGUAGAGGCAAGUCUGGCCAUUUCUCUGGAAUGUCAAUCGAGAGGCCAACUUCUUGCCCCUCCAAAGGAAGCUGUGGGCUUCCAACCACAGGCCCAGAAGCAAAUCUCACUAUCCACAUUCUGUGACACAACUCACUUUUCAAGAAAAUUUGAAACCACCCAGCUCCAGGAGGGGCCACAGUGAUCUGCUGAAGGACAGACCUUUUUCUCUAACUUUAGGGGAGAAAUCUGAAAUAUAUUUUUGUUUUUUUUUUAAAGACCAUACUUCCUCAUCCUGAGUCAACAGCUCCAACCCUACUGACAACAGGUGGUGGGCAAUAGGCCAGCUCCCUUUCCCAGGCCUGAAUUGGCCUCAGUAGAGAGAGUCCUGGCAUCAAGGGCCUGCAGUCUCCUGGAAUAACAGCAUCAGGCCUUCAACCAGCACACUGUCUCACAUA